GAAGAAGUUUGGCGGCUCUCUCUUCUCUUCUUGGACACUUCACUUUCACAAUGCCACUGGAGCUCUAUCUCGAUCUGCAUUCCCAGCCAUGCCGCUCUGUCUUCAUAUUUGCCAAGAUAAACAAAAUCCCAUUUGAAUACAAAGCCGUGGAUUUAUCUGCAGGUGAACAAUAUGGAGAUGAAUUCGGUAAAGUCAGCAUCAUAAGGAAAGUUCCUGCUCUCAAAGAUGGAGAUUUCCUUCUCACAGAGAGUAUAGCUAUCCUGCUGUACCUGGCAGGAAAACACCACACUCCUGACCACUGGUAUCCAGCUGACCUGCAGAAACGAGCACAAGUGGACGAGUUUCUCUCCUGGCAGCACACGAACAUUAGAACUCAUGGCUCAAAGGUCUUCUGGUUCAGGGGAGUCUUGCCUGCGGUCACAGGGGCUCCAGUGCCCAAAGAAAAGAUGGAUUCUGCCUUGGAGGAUCUGAACAUGUCUCUGAAGAUCUUUGAGGACAAAUUUCUGCAGAGCAGGCCCUUCAUAAUUGGGGAUAAAAUAUCUCUGGCUGAUAUUGUAGCCAUUGUGGAGAUGAUGCAGCCGGUUGCUACAGGUAUGGAUGUGUUUGAAGGCAGGCCUGCUCUGAGCGCCUGGAGAGACCGAGUGAAGAAGGAGGUUGGCGUGGAACUCUUCGAUGAAGCCCAUAAAGUUAUCAUGAAUGUUGAAUCGUUGCCGCAAACCUUUGAAAACAAAGGUUUACCAGAGUUUCUCAAGUUAAGGAUACAGAAAAUGUUUAACUGAGUCUGUUUGCAUGGUCAAACGGUCAAGUUUUAUGUUUAAACUUUCAUCUUUCAUUAUGUGACUGUGUAGUAUGGUGUACUAAUCAAAAUCCCUACUCAAAAAUAAAACAUUUAUGCCUGG